UUCCUAACUAAAUGCAGUUAACCUCACAAUUUUACACAUUUUUUAACAAAACAAUAAAUUAAUCACAAAAAUGGAUAUUCAAUAUCGUGUAAUUGUCGAACAAAUAUUUAAUAAUUGGUCUGCGCUACGACUUGCUGUGGAACAUGAUAUGGGAGGCCCCAACAGUCGUGAGGUUGUCACUCAAUGCGUCGACUAUAUCACUCAAUUCUGUUUAAGUGAGCCCAAUAUACAAGUAAGCGAUAUUCGAGAGGCUCUCGAAGAUAUAAUGGACGAAGAAUUUGACACAAUAUGCGAAGACAAUUCACCAAUGGAGAUUGCUAAUCUGCUCCAUCGUUUUCUACUGCUUUUGAAAGAAGGUAAUUUGGCUCAAUGCGAACAGGAAUAUCGAGAUUUACCAACGUGCAAGGUGUGGUUUUCUACUCAGGCACAGGCUCCGGCACAUGCACCUUCAACCUCACAAUCGCCAGUAGCCGAGACCCAAGCAACACCAAUGGAACAGGACUCCGAGUGGACUGAAGUUAAAACUCGUCGAAAAAAAUAGCAUUACUUCAAACAAUUUUUAUUGUUAGUUAACAUCUUCUGGAGUAAUAGAAAUAUUAAGAGAUUUUCCAGAUCUAA